GCUGAAACGGCAUCGUUGCAGUGGUAGAGCAUAGUAGCAGCGGCGAAGGUUUUUGAUUUGAUAGUGUUAGACUUAGUGUUGCAUUUGUUGAGCUGAAGAGAAGAAUGGCAUCGUCGAAGGUUUUGUGUAGGUUGUCGUGUCGGAUACAGGCUCUUGUUCACAACAACUGCACCAAACCCUUACUCUCUCUUCACCCCAAUCCUCUUUCUCUCUCUGCGCGACGCCUUUCUCGCACUUCCCGGUUACCAGUGGAGUUGGGAAGCUUGGAAUCAAUGAUGCCGUUGUAUAGCGCGGUGGCUUCAGCUCGAUUAGUGUCAAGCUUGUCCAUUGAGUCUCCCGGGUGGGGAUUAGUUCCUCAAGGUAUUUCCAUGCCUUUAUGACAGCAUUUGUCUGCACUUAAUUGCUGCAAGGUAGCAGUUUCAUUGGAUGGCAGGCUCAUUUUGAUGUUUCCAUUUGUUGUAUUCUUGAGGCAAUUAACCUAGGAUCCUUCAUCUGAUAUAUUUGAGGAACAUGCAGUGCAAUUGAUGUUGCUUAUGUAUUGGUUGGUUCAUUUUAUCUUUAUAUGUUUCUGGAAUAUCUUUUUUGGAUUUUCCAGUCUCUGGAUGAGUUUUUUUUGUUAACGAAUAAUGCAUUGAAGUGAAUUAUAUCUGAGGAGUUAAUCCAUUUACUUGUUAGUGUUUCCAUGAUUACUACAGUUCUAUGGUAUUUAUAAAUCAUUGUCAAACCAAAUAUGAUAUUGUAGUAGCGGAGUGCUACCAAGUGGGGAAUGAGACUCAUAUUUUGUUGGACUCA